AUGGCAGGGGUUGCUUCUGCGGGACCACCGCCCGCCAUCGUCAACGGAACAAAGAAUGGCUAUGAUGUUGUUGGUCCUGCGACUCAAGAGAACUCAACAUCAACCAAAACCCGUCCGUCCGGUCUGCGCCAGAAUUCUAAUGGCUCUGCACGGACGCCGCUCUCAAGUCUCGCACCGAAUCGCAAGGACAGCGGCAGCAUAGGUCGCACUUCUCAUAACAGGGUAGAGGAACUGGGACAGUCUGGAGGCUCGUUAGUACGGAGUGGGAGUGAGUCGGACAGCUUGCUCGAUCUCUACAACCAGAGCAGUGGAAACGUUAGUCGACAAAACGUCAGUCGGCAGAACAACCAGGGUGAUAAUGACAUCCCCGAAAACAUGUACCGACCGCGGGAAGAUGACCCUGAGGGCUGGAUUCACCGGGACAAACUUGCUAAAAUCGAGAGCGAAGAAUUGCAGGCUGCCGGAAUAAAUCUGGCAAAUGCACGACGCACCGGAAACAAGAACACGAGGAGAGAGACAAGUCGGGGUCGGCGAAGCGAGGAGCGUGGACAUUCGGGCAAAGGUGAGCCGGAUGAGACAAGACCUCAGCCACAAGACGAAGAGGACGAACGAAACAAUUGGGAUUUCCGCACCCCGGAGGAGAUAGCCGCAGACCAAACACCCUCUCCCAUAUAUUCCAAUCCCAUCUUGAAAAAGUCGGGCUCGAAAAUCCCGGUUCUCACGUCAAGCCCUCUGCCGAUCCCACACGAGAGAAUUGAGCGAGAUACACCUUUGAACAGGAAACGCACUAUCAGUAAUAGUAUGAGCCCUGAAGAUGGCAUACCUGUGUUGAAGACACGCAUGCGAAGAGGGAGCGCGGGGAGCGCGGGUAUGCAAGACGAAAGCGAAUCACUUGCAACAACGCCCGUAUUUGCCAACGGUACCAAACUGUCUAGUGCAAAACAAUCAUCACCAACGAAGGCGAAGGCGAAGACAGGCCAGUCAUCUCCGCCAGAAACAUCUGCCGGAAAGAAGGCGACUGGUUCAGCAGCGACGCGAAAGACGUCUGCAAAUGCAAAGAAUGGCGCAACACCUUCACCCAACCAAAGACCGGGGACGAGAUCAGGAGAGUUAGACAGACCUCGGACUGCGAUAAACAGACCUGAAGGAGACCCUCCUUGGUUGGCCACCAUGUACAAACCAGACCCGAUGUUACCACCAGAUCAGCAGAUCAUUCCUACUCAUGCUCGAAGGCAACAGCAGGCUCAAUGGCAAGAUUCUGGGGCCAUUCCUAGCACAUAUGAUCGAAACUUCUCACCGUUGGCGAUCCACAGCCCUUCGAUCUCCAAAGGAGCAUCUCCAAUUUUACAGUCGGCUCCAUCGCCCGUCGAUGAGCGGGAUGCUGAACGGGACGGCGCGUCUUGGCCCCUUAAACCUGUCGCCAGUCCAAAUAUGAGACAUGCGACAAGUCCUAGGCCUGGCACGAGCGGAAGUACGAAUGGUGGUUACAGCACGAUGCCCAGAGUGGCAAGUCCCGCAAUCAUGCACAGCCCAAGGAUGGGCAAUAUUUCGACUGUGCCAGGCCAGCCGACCACAGUGCAACGGAUAGAGCACCAAGACGAGGACGCGAUGGUGAAGGAUAAGAGCUGCGGGUGUUGUGUUGUCAUGUAG